UUGGUCGAAAUCCAUCAAACAGCGUACGGGUUCGUGAAUUCAAGCGAAUUGCGCGCAACGUGCGGUGUCGUUCACACUGCAUGCUUUGGACAGGAGGAAGGCUAAUCAAUACAAUCGUGAAAAGCGGGGAAAAGUUCAUUGAAUUUUUACAGAGAGAUGUUGUUAUAAUCGUGUGCAAACCAAGGCUAUUUUCAAUACAAAGCAGUUACCCUGGACGUGGAGCAGGAGUUGAGUCGCCAUGGCAGCUGCCUUCCCUUAUAGAGGGGUACCUGGUGGAAUGCCCCCAGGUAUCCAUCCCCCAGCCCAGGUUCCAGACUACAUGUCUGAGGAAAAACUGCAAGAAAAAGCCAGAAAAUGGCAGCAGUUGCAGGCGAAGCGCUACUCUGAGAAGAGGAAGUUUGGGUUUGUUGACGCCCAGAAGGAGGACAUGCCACCUGAGCAYGUCCGUAAGAUCAUCAGGGACCACGGUGACAUGACCAACAGGAAGUUCCGUCACGACAAGAGGGUAUACCUGGGAGCCCUGAAGUACAUGCCCCACGCGGUGCUGAAGCUACUGGAGAACAUGCCCAUGCCUUGGGAGCAGAUCAGAGACGUGCCUGUCCUAUACCACAUCACUGGAGCCAUCUCCUUCGUCAACGAGAUCCCCUGGGUCAUUGAGCCUGUCUACAUCGCCCAGUGGGGCGCCAUGUGGAUCAUGAUGCGUCGUGAGAAGAGGGACCGUCGUCACUUCAAGCGUAUGCGUUUCCCUCCUUUUGACGAUGAGGAACCUCCGCUGGACUACGCUGAUAACAUCCUGGACGUGGAGCCGCUGGAGGCCAUCCAGAUGGAGCUGGAUGCAGAAGAGGACUCCUCCGUGGCGGAGUGGCUCUACGAACACCAGCCCCUCAAGGACGCCAACAAGUAUGUGAACGGGACCACGUACAGGCGUUGGCAGUUCACCCUGCCCAUGAUGUCCACGCUGUACCGUCUGGCCAACCAGCUGCUGACWGACCUGGUGGACUACAACUAUUUCUACCUGUUUGACCUGAAGGCCUUCUUCACCUCCAAGGCUCUCAACAUGGCCAUCCCCGGGGGACCCAAGUUUGAACCCCUAGUUAGGGACAUCAACCUCCAAGAUGAAGACUGGAAUGAGUUCAACGACAUCAACAAGAUCAUCAUCAGACAGCCUAUCAGGACAGAGUACAAGAUUGCCUUCCCAUACCUGUACAACAACCUUCCCCACCACGUUCACCUCACCUGGUACCACACUCCCAAUGUGGUGUUCAUCAAGACCGAGGAUCCUGAUUUGCCAGCGUUUUACUUUGACCCCCUGAUCAACCCCAUCUCCCACAGACACUCAGUCAAGAGUCAGGAGCCUCUGCCAGAGGAUGACGAAGAGUUUGAGCUUCCAGAGUACGUGGAGCCCUUCCUGAAGGAGACGCCCCUCUACACAGACAACACAGCCAAUGGAAUCGCUCUGCUCUGGGCUCCACGUCCCUUCAACUUGCGCUCUGGGAGGACUAGGCGGGCCAUCGACAUCCCACUCAUCAAGAACUGGUAUCGUGAGCACUGCGCCGGCCAGCCAGUGAAGGUGCGUGUGUCUUACCAGAAACUGCUCAUAUACGUACUCAACGCUCUCAAACACAGACCACCCAAGGCCCAGAAGAAGAGGUACUUGUUUCGUUCCUUUAAAGCCACCAAGUUCUUCCAGUCGACUACUGACUGGGUGGAGGUGGGCCUGCAGGUGUGCAGACAGGGCUACAACAUGCUCAACCUGCUCAUCCACCGCAAGAUCAACUACCUGCACCUGGAUUAAUUCAACCUCAAGCCUGUCAAGACCCUCACCACGAAGGAACGUAAGAAGUCCAGGUUCGGGAAUGCCUUCCAUCUGUGCAGAGAGGUGCUGCGUCUCAGCACUGUGGUGGACAGCCACGUGCAGUACAGACUGGGAAACGUGGAUGCUUUCCAGUUGUCAGACGGGCUGCAGUACAUCUUUGCCCACGUGGGCCAGCUGACUGGCAUGUACCGCUACAAGUACAAGCUGAUGAGACAGAUCCGGAUGUGCAAGGACCUCAAGCACCUAAUCUACUACCGCUUCAAUACUUUUGUUGUUGUUUUUGCUGUGUUCUCAGGGUCCGUGGGUAAGGGUCCAGGCUGUGGGUUCUGGGCACCAGGAUGGAGAGUGUGGCUGUUCUUUAUGAGGGGCAUCACCCUGCUGGAGAGAUGGCUGGGCAACCUGCUGGCCAGGCAGUUUGAAGGUCGUCUCAAGGGCGUGGCGAAGACUGUGACGAAGCAGCGUGUGGAGUCCCACUUUGACCUGGAGCUGCGUGCGGCCGUGAUGCACGACAUCCUGGACAUGAUGCCUGAGGGCAUCAAGAACAAGGCCAGAACCAUCCUGCAGCACCUCUCUGAGUCCUGGCGCUGCUGGAAGGCCAACAUCCCCUGGAAGGUUGAGAUUAUAGAGAUGAGGAGGCAACAUAUAGGUGGAAAGGAAUGUUGGGGCUUCAUUCCAGGGUAUUGUGUGCUUGAUUCUUACUGCCAAAAAGGUAGAGGCAGUUCAGGGAAUGUUUGCUUUAAGAAUAUGUAUUGCUGUGUCUCCCAGGAUGGUCCAUACAUCACAGCAGAGGAGGCUGUGGCCAUCUACACCACCACGGUCCACUGGCUGGAGAGCAGACGCUUCUCCCCCAUCCCCUUCCCCCCACUGUCCUACAAACAUGACACCAAACUGCUCAUCCUGGCCCUGGAGAGGCUCAAAGAGGCCUACAGUGUGAAGUCCAGGCUGAACCAGUCCCAGAGAGAGGAGUUGGGGCUGAUAGAGCAGGCCUAUGACAACCCUCACGAGGCCCUGUCCAGAAUCAAACGGCACCUGCUCACACAGAGAGCCUUCAAAGAGGUGGGCAUAGAGUUCAUGGACCUGUACAGCCACCUGGUGCCUGUGUAUGACGUGGAGCCCCUGGAGAAGAUCACAGAUGCCUACCUUGACCAGUACCUGUGGUAUGAGGCUGACAAACGACGUCUCUUCCCCCCCUGGAUCAAACCAGCUGACACAGAGCCUCCUCCACUCCUCGUCUACAAGGUUCUCAGCUGAUGAGGCAAGGGACCUGAUCCAGAGGUACCUAACAGAGCACCCUGACCCCAACAAUGAGAACAUUGUGGGCUACAACAACAAGAAGUGCUGGCCCAGAGACGCCAGGAUGAGACUGAUGAAGCACGACGUCAACCUGGGUCGUGCUGUGUUCUGGGACAUUAAGAACCGCCUGCCUCGCUCUGUAACCACGGUCCAAUGGGAGAACAGCUUUGUAGCCCACUGAGCCCUACCUGUCCUCCCAGAACUACGGAGAGCUCUUCUCCAAUCAGAUCAUCUGGUUUGUGGACGACACUAACGUCUACCGGGUCACCAUCCACAAGACGUUUGAGGGUAACUUGACCACCAAGCCCAUCAACGGAGCCAUCUUCAUCUUCAACCCCAGGACAGGCCAGCUCUUCCUCAAGAUAAUCCACACCUCUGUGUGGGCCGGACAGAAACGUCUGGGACAGCUGGCGAAGUGGAAGACAGCUGAGGAGGUGGCUGCUCUGAUUCGUUCCCUUCCUGUGGAGGAGCAGCCCAAACAGAUCAUUGUCACCAGGAAGGGCAUGCUGGACCCCCUCGAGGUCCACUUGCUGGAUUUCCCCAACAUUGUGAUCAAGGGCUCUGAGCUGCAGCUGCCCUUCCAGGCCUGUCUGAAGGUGGAGAAGUUUGGAGACCUAAUCCUGAAGGCCACCGAGCCUCAGAUGGUCCUGUUCAACCUGUACGACGACUGGCUCAAGACCAUCUCCUCCUACACCGCGUUCUCCCGUCUCAUUCUGAUCCUAAGGGCGCUCCAUGUGAACAACGACCGUGCCAAGGUGAUCCUGAAGCCGGAUAAGACCACCAUCACAGAGCCUCACCACAUCUGGCCCACGCUGACCGACGAAGAGUGGAUCAAGGUGGAGGUGCAGCUCAAAGACCUCAUCCUGGCCGACUAUGGAAAGAAGAACAAUGUGAACGUGGCGUCUCUGACCCAGUCUGAGAUCCGUGACAUCAUCCUGGGCAUGGAGAUCUCUGCUCCGUCCCAGCAGCGCCAGCAGAUUGCUGAGAUUGAGAAGCAGACCAAGGAGCAGUCCCAGCUCACUGCCACGCAGACACGCACAGUCAACAAACACGGAGACGAGAUCAUCACCUCAACAACCUCAAACUACGAGACACAGACCUUCUCCUCCAAGACAGAAUGGAGAGUCAGGGCCAUCUCUGCUGCCAACCUGCACCUGAGGACCAACCACAUCUACGUGUCGUCUGAUGACAUCAAGGAGACGGGCUACACCUACAUCCUGCCCAAGAACGUCCUCAAGAAGUUCAUCUGCAUCUCAGACCUGCGGGCCCAGAUUGCAGGUUACCUGUACGGCACCAGUCCCCCUGACAACCCCCAGGUGAAGGAGAUCAGGUGUAUCGUCAUGGUACCCCAGUGGGGAACGCAUCAGACCGUCCACCUACCCAAUCAGCUGCCAGGACACGAGUACCUCAAGGAGAUGGAGCCCCUGGGUUGGAUCCACACCCAGCCCAACGAGUCUCCCCAACUCUCCCCCCAGGACGUCACCAGCCACGCCAAGAUCAUGGCUGACAACCCCGCCUGGGACGGAGAGAAGACCAUCAUCAUCACCUGCAGUUUCACUCCCGGCUCCUGCACUCUGACGGCCUACAAGCUGACUCCCAGUGGGUAYGAGUGGGGCAGACAGAACACAGACAAGGGCAACAACCCAAAGGGCUACCUGCCCUCCCACUAUGAGAGGGUUCAGAUGCUUCUGUCUGAUCGCUUCCUGGGCUUCUUCAUGGUGCCUGGGCAGGUCUCCUGGAACUACAACUUCAUGGGUGUUCGCCACGACCCCAACAUGAAGUAUGACCUGCAGCUGUCCAACCCCAAGGAGUUCUACCACGAGGUCCAUCGGCCCUCUCACUUCCUCAACUUCGCCUCCCUGCAGGAGGGAGAGAUCUACAACGCAGACAGAGAGGACAUGUACGGUUAAGACUGGCACUCUGCUCAGAGAUGAGAGGAUUACCUCUCUAUUGUAGAUAUUCUAUGAUAUGGACUUCCUUAUGCGGCCCUGUCUAGUACAGUCAAGACAUCAUUUGACCCAGCCAGCCAUGAAGUUAUGAAUAACUACUGCUCCAUGAAGGAAGGAAAUGAGGUACAGCACAGCAAUGGCGAUCUCACAAGUGUGUGAUCUCCAUAGCUGUGAUGGACUGAGUGUACCAACUGAUAGGGAUGGCCUGAAGAUAUUGGGGAAUUUGUAUGUAAGCCUAGUACCACCUUUUUAGGACACAAUGUGUAUGUUUUCUGCAAAAUUAUGUUUGUUCCAUUUGGUUGCCCUCUCCCCUCUGAUCUCUCCAAUAAGGCAUGUGAAUUCUACUGCGUUUCAUUUAUGGCUUUCCUUUUGACACAUUGCUGCGACUGUAAUGGUAUUUGUGUUUGUCUUCAGUGUGUAGUAGUUGAUAUAGCUGUAAGAUUCAUUUUUCUGUGGCAUUUCUUUAAAUGGGUAGUUAAUCAUAUUCAUAAUGCUAAUUUUUUUAUCCCAUAGAAACUGAACUGUGACAAUGGAAUUGAUAUGUACUGUUGUUUAUGCAAGCAGUCUCUUACCCACUUGCUAUGUUGUGCAUUCAUUGWGGACACUUAGUUUGGGUUUAAAUAAAGAUCAACAUUUUAUAAGUA